AUGGCUUCCCCUCCCCUUCCAACAGCGGUUCCCUCGAGGAUUCCCAUCGAAAGCCUGCUUUCACAACCAGCAAGCUCGACCUCUCUUGAAAAUUCCACACUACAAACGACACCGCAGGAAAUAGAGCUCUCAGCUCAAGAACGAGCGCUUGCGGAAGCACACGAUGCAGCCGCACAAGCAGCGGUAGAACAAGCACAGGCCGAAAUCGAGAUAGACAAUGGGUCGGACACAACAUCAGAUUCAGCGUCGGACGCGGGGUACGAAACAGACUCAAUGUAUUCCGCAUCUACAUCAAUAUCCAGCAGCGUAAGGGAUUUUGCAUUUGAGAAUGGAAGGAGAUACCACAAGUUCAGGGAGGGGUCAUAUAACUUUCCCAAUGAUCCUAGCGAACAGGAUAGAGAGGACAUGAAGCAUGCGAUGAUGGUCAAUUUAUUAGGAGGCCGGUUACACUUUGCACCGCUUGGGGAGUAUCCAGGGAAUGUGCUCGAUAUGGGGACAGGAACAGGAAUAUGGGCGAUAGAAAUGGGUGACAUGUAUCCCAGCGCAAAUAUCCUCGGUGUCGAUUUAAGUCCAAUACAACCCGACUGGGUUCCUCCAAACGUCAGAUUCAUGGUAGAUGACGUGGAAUCGCCAUGGUUGAAGCCUCCAAAUUACUACGACUAUAUACAUUCACGGCAUACUGUCAUGGCAAUCCGAGACUGGCCAUUGUUGAUGAAGAGAGCGCUGGAACAUCUAAAACCAGGCGGCUGGAUGGAAAUGCAAGAAAUACACCACCACCCAUACUGCCACGACGGCUCCAUGCCACCCAACCACCCCGUCUCCCAAUACUGGGUUCUCAUUCACGACGCACUCGCCAACCUUGGAGUAAACUUCAACGCAACCCUCCUCCUGGAAGACAUGAUGCGAGAAGCCGGUUUCGUGAACGUCUCUACCCGGAUCUUCCACGUCCCGAUCGGAACGUGGCCCAAGAACAAAGUCCUCAAAAUGGUGGGCUUAUACUGGAGGACUGUCUUAAUGGAUGGAUUACAGCCGAUUGCGCUGGGUCCCAUGACGAGAGGCCUAAAGUGGUCGAAAGAGCAGGUUGAGCUCUGGUUGGUUGAGGUUAGGAAGGCGUAUAUGGAUGCUUGGGUGCAUUCGCACAUGCCGUUACACAUCAUCUGCGGGCAGAAGCCAGAUAACGGAGAUAGGGCGCCACACGCUACGUGA